GAUUGAUCGAGUCUGCACAGGUAUAGGGUAGGAAAGGAAGAGCAGAGGACAUAUCUUUUGGGAGUAAACAAUAGGUUUCUUUUUAGAAGUACUGAAACUCUCUGGGGGGGCUUUUCAUGGACAAAUAAGGCUCAAUAUCUCUGUCGUUUUGGCUGAAAACAAUGAGCUGCGGUGAAGUUCGUCAGAGGAAGCUGGUGAGCACAGCUGUUGUUUGUGACUGUCGGUAAAAGUUUCCUGACUCAUCUUAUCAGCGUCGAGGCUCGGACACGUCUCCACCGCCUCUGUGCCUAACUCUCUUUUUAUUACUGUUCAUUUUUUUUUACAUUAUGGGACCCUUUUUAUCAUAGGUAACGUAAAGUAUGAAUUUAAGGUGCUGUUUUGUUAAAAUUAAGAGUGUAUGUGGUGGUUUGAAGAAGAGGGGUGUGUUUCUCGUCGUCAGUACUGUGCCCUCUGGACUGCCGGUUGAUGCCCCGCCUGUUGUCCGCGCGCAGGUGCACCUAUGACCAUGUUGUUCCACCUGUUCAUACUCCUCCAACUCCUCACAUGUGUAGAUCUGGUCUGUGUGAGGAGGUUACUGUCCAAAGGUGAAGCAGACCAAGAAGGUAAGUGACGUGAUGGUGACAGCAUCACAUCUGAAUUAAUCUACAAGUUUCUCCUAUUUACAUAUUUUUGUGUUUCGACACCAGUGUUUGUAGAUGAGGGGGACGCAAAUUCGUUCCUGGGUCGCCAUCUACUGUUCAACCGGUUCGACUUUGAAAUGUUUGUGCCUGGAAAUCUAGAAAGGGAGUGUUAUGAAGAAAUCUGCAAUUAUGAGGAAGCCAGGGAGGUCUUUGAGAACACCCCAGAUACAGUUAAGUGAUGCUACUUUCUGCUUAGAGCAUGUUGCAUGAAAGGAAAAGGCUUCACCAUCACCUCAACAUCUCACUGAUGUGUUGUUUUGCAGGAUGCUUUCUGGAAAAAAUACACUGAAGGUAAGAAGGAGAGAGGAGUAGCCCAAUCAAUAGUUUUAAUCCAUGUUAUUAAGUAUAAUAUAAGACAAAAAUGUUGUGGAGAUUUGUGCUGCUGAGGUAAAAUGUUCUCCUUCUAGCAAGAGCAAUUGUGCUACUUAUGCACUCAAAACCUGUUUUGCCACUUGUUCAGCAGAGCACUGUAGCUUUCAAAUUUAUUACCUUGUUUACAAGACAAAGAAACACUAAAAUUCCACUUGUUCUGAAUAACUUGAGACUUAUUUUUUAAUUGAUGAUGACUGCAUGCCUAUGUGCAGCAUUUUUACUUGUACUCCACCUCCCCUCUAAAACUGAAGGGUCAAAUUCAGAAGAAAGAGAGGACUCGCCCUGUGACUUCAGAUGGCUUCCUUUUUCAUGCAGUGUAACUCACUGUCUGCUCUGUGAUGCUCCACAGACAAGGACAAGCGCGCCUCCAGAGUGGACGUGACCUCUCUGUUGGUGGCACUGAUUUCUGCUGGAGUGAUCAUUGUUAUAGUGGGUCUAUUGCUCUGGUAUUUCUGUCAAGGCAAAUGCAAGGAUGACUUAAGCCGUGCAAGGUGAGUGAGAGAGAAUUUAUUAACUACUAAUUUAUUCACUACUGCUUUAAACCAAUCGCUGUAACUGGACAUGUCUGUAAAAAAACACCACACAACCUGAGUUGGAUCAUUAGAGUUCCUCCUUUUAAGUGACAAAAGUCAAAGAUAUUCACUUUACUGUUUCACAACAACAUGGAGGGCUGAAACUGAUUCAUGUUUAGUAUCUUUCCUUGUGAAACUGAGAAUCAAACUAAGCAAAAUGUUUAAAAGUUCUCUGUGAGUCAACAUGCUGCAAUGUAGAGUCUACUCCUACAUUUUGACAUGCAGUAGUGUGACAAAGAUAAUUUAAUAUCAAAGUUCCUGUGAGGAACUCUCAGAUUGUGUCAGUCUUGGUGCCCCCAUGUGGACGAAGCAGUCUUUGUUUAUCAUGUCCCAUACAUGCUUAACUAGCAUCUUCUGGCAAAUAAGCGCCAUUGUUGUGCUUCUCAUGGUAAUAUUUACAACAUCUAAAGGUUUUUAAAUAUGUGAAAACACAAUAAAGACUUUUUUCACAUCUAGGUUUCCCCAUCUGUAUCAGGAAAACAGAAAGCUGAGCUUCAGCUACUGUUUGUUCGGCUUGUUUCUGGGUACACUGAAUGUAUUCAUGAUGGGUUUUCUACUCUGAGCUGAGUGAGGACACACAGCAAUGGCAGCAAUCAUAUUAAAGCAGUCUAGAACUUGUGCUCUAAAGUUAUGAUGAGGAGAAAAAGAGGAAGAAUGCAUUACAGUGGGUCACAUAUCAAUGACAUGAUAUGUACUCUAUGUACGCUCCUUACAGCUCCAUUCGGGCUCGACCAAGGAGGAGUAAUGCUUCUCUUAUAAUGCGUCGACUAGAGGAGGUGUCCCUACAACCUGUGUCCCCACCUCCACCCCUAACAGAGGACAUCGACCCUCCAGGACUGCCGUCCUAUGAGCAAGCAAUAGCAAGAAGUGGACAACAUGACGCCCCACCUCCUCCUUAUCCCGGGUAACUGCAUAUUUAUGAAGUUUGUCAUAAGUUAUAAAUGUGUGCAUAUGAUCCAUGAUGUAGUCAUAGACACGAGAAUGAUCUUAUCUUUUUUUACUUUUAGCUCAAGAGCUGGAAGUAUUCGGCGGUAGAAUCUUCAGGACGUGUUUUCAGCGCGUCUGUCAACAUAAAACAUGCAACUCACUUUUUGUUGCUGUGCUGCAUAUCUGGAAAACAUGAUUUUCAUCAUCCCAAGAUUGAAAGACCUUUUGGUGCCUUGCGGUUUUUGCUCUGGCUAAACUACCUUUUCAAACAUUUGUAUUAUCUUUGGGCUGUCAGUGUGUCUUUUCUUCAGCAGUCUAACAUGCUUUUUCUUGAACCAGCUUGUGCCAAUACUGACUAUCUUUCACAACUGCGGUUACACUCUGUAAAGUAACCAUAUCCUUGUGUUGAAUAAGCUUUAUUAAACCUAGUUUGCUGCUCUUUUUUAGCUGAAAAUGAAGAAUCAUCAACAUGAACAUCAGAGCUUCAUGUUUAAAAAGAAUAUUUGAGUCUUUCGGGAUGCUUUCUUUUGAUGCACCAUUAAAGGGUCGGGAGUAAGAUCAGGGUUAUGUUUUAUUGCAUGAUAAGUAUUAAUGUCAAAUGAAGAUUGACAGCUGUGCAUGUCUGUACAGCUUCCUGUCUCCAUCAGAAGGAAAAAGAAACUGCAAAACUGAAUUUUCUGACAGUGUGGUGUUUUUUCACAAAGACCAUAUUUAACGGUUAACACAAGUGUUUUUGAUGCACUGUCUGACUAUACUACUUCAUUUAGUUAAUGUUGAUCUGUAGUUUUUUUCAGCUGUUCAUCAAUUCUACUGUAAUUUUAAUUUAAAUAAAAGCUGUCUAAUUAUGAUGUGUAACAUAUAAAGAACAAAAUAAAAAAGACUUCAGAGAAAGUUUUACAACAUUUUACAUUUCCAGGAAAGAACAUUUACAGUCAAAAGAGAAAAUAAUUCCUGUAACACUUGUAUCAGCUAAACAGAGUUAUAUUUCUAUUCUAAAUGUAGAUGCUGGGGAAAAGAGUUUAUAAUAUAUCUAAAAAAUAUCCUGGAAUUUGUUUUGAUUAUUCAAAGUUAAUGGGCAAUUUGCAACACAAGAUAAGUUAAAACCAUGACAUGUGUGUGAAUUUACUUGCUUUUCAAAGCUGAUCGACUGUUUUCUACUGGAAAUGAAAAUCUUUUUAUUGAAAUUUUUAAAUAAAAGCGAUAUUUUAAUAUUU